AUGCCUUCAACUUCUUACGAUCAAACCAACCCAUCAUGGUGUAUCGAGGCAAUACCCCGACAACAGAAGAAAUGGUUCUCCUUCCUAUCCCUACGCUUCGGAACAGUACUCUGCACCAUGACGGCCGUUAUCUGCUUUUCCUGGGCUAUGGUCCAACACGACGAAGGAAUUGUUUCAACGGAUGGGUUAGGAUCUGCAUGGUCUAGUAUUAAUAUUGGUACUUCUGCCUACGGCUUCAUCUGGUCAACCGCCUACCUCAUCGUCAUAUUCUGCAACUGCAUCGUUCCACCCGCAGCGAGCAUUACAUUGGACUGUAUUGCAUUUAUUGCGCAGAUCAUCAGUGUUAGUUUUGAUUUGCAUGAGCUUGCUUAUUGGAAUGGGGGUGGCUAUGGACUUUCUCGUACUACUGAUGAUGAUGUGUUAUAUGGGGUUGAGUGUUUUGGGUGUUCGGUUAUGUUGUUUGGGGUGCUCUUCUAUCUUGUUCUUGUUGUGUGGGCUUCUAGGGCCUGUCAUGUUGAGCGGAAGGCUGGGAGGAGGGACUUCAAGCCUUCUUUUGAUGCUUAA